AACUGGUUGCGCAUGUACGAAGUGCUGAUGGAUAUGGAAUGAUUUCAUGGGAGGAAGUUGCUAUCUAAAAGCAAACAAAGUCAAAGAGAGUCACCUUUCACACUAGAAAUUAAAGAUGGUACUUGGAAGAAGUUCUGGAGCUGAAGUGAUGCCUGGUGGCUCUAUCUCAAGAGCUAGCUCUAAGCCUGACAGACUAUGUCAUGUGUGCCCAGAACUAGAAUGGGACAAUUGCAGUCUAGAAUCUAGGGCAACAAGGCCAGUAGUAUUAGAUUUACAAAAUGUUAAAUCAAAGAAGCAAAAUAAAUUCAGUAGAGUGUGUCACUUGUGCAGUAAAGUUUUGCAAAGAGUUUUGUGGUUACUCCGUUCAGCAGCUGGCUGUCUUGCUGUGCUAAUUGUGGCCAUUUUGAUACUGUCUGCAUCAAUUCAGAAUGAGAAAAAAGACACAGAAAAUAUUCUUGAGCCUGAACAACAUACUUGGCAGCUGAUGUUAUUUCGCCUCUUACCAGCAAGAUUUCUGUCCAGACUUUGGGGAUUCCUGAUGUCGAUGCAGGUUCCUGAAAGCAUUCGAACGUCAUUGUAUGGUCCGUUUGUAUGGAAGUUCAACUGUAAUAUGGCUGAAGCUGAAAUUGAGAAUCUUAGAGAUUACUGCAGUUUGGGUGAGCUCUUCACUAGGAAGCUCAAAAAGGAAGCGAGGGAAAUGUCUGAGAGUAAGCUGGUUUCUCCAACCGAUGGGAAAAUUCUUCAUUUUGGCACUGUUAAUGAUGGCCUGAUAGAACAAGUGAAAGGUGUGACUUACAAACUUCAAAAAUUUCUAGGGCCGGAAGACUCACUGAUACCAUAUGUCAAGAAAAAUGUGUCCUCUAACGUAUUAAUCAAAGAUGAGCAAAAGCAGCUUUAUCAUGUGAUUGUUUAUCUUGGACCUGGUGACUACCAUCAUUUUCAUUCACCUUCUGAUUGGACAAUACUAAAGAGACGUCAUUUUCCAGGUGACCUGCUAAGCGUAGCCCCCUGGGCAGCUAGGACAAUUCCCGGACUAUUCUCCAUCAACGAAAGAGCUAUUGUCACAGGGACUUGGGAGCAUGGAUUUUUUUCAAUGGUUGCUGUGGGAGCAUACAAUGUAGGAUCAAUCAGUCUCACUGUUGAUGAGUCCCUAGAAACAAAUGUUGAAGAUGAGGAUUUGCAGCUGGGAGAAUACAGAGACAAGCAACUAGGAGAGGCUUCAGAAGGUAUAAGGGUGAAGAAGGGAGAACGAUUGGGUGGCUUUAAGCUCGGAUCAACUGUAGUGCUCGUUUUUGAAGCACCUUCAAACUUUCAGUUUAGCAUUUUACCAGGACAGAAAAUACAAUAUGGACAAUCCAUUUCAACAAGCAUGUAUUAAAUCAUUUUUAUUCUGUGCAUGCAGUGUUUUUAUGCAAUUGUAAAUCUUAUAAUAAUGA